GGGCCCCUCGCGGCCGCCGUAGGGCCCGCCCGGCGCCGGGCGGGGGCAGCGCGCGGUGCCACGUCCCCGUCGCGGCGCGUUUGCGGCCAUGGGCGCCUCGCAGAGCAUCGACAUCCCCGGCGGCGGCACCGAGGGCUACCACGUCCUGCGGGUACAAGAAAACUCACCAGGGCAUAGAGCUGGAUUGGAGCCAUUCUUUGAUUUUAUCGUGUCCAUUAAUGGUUCGAGAUUGAAUAAAGACAAUGACACUCUCAAGGACCUGCUGAAAGCAAACGUUGAAAAACCUGUAAAAAUGCUUGUGUACAGUAGCAAAACACUGGAACUGAGAGAAACAUCUGUAACCCCCAGCAACAUGUGGGGUGGGCAGGGCCUGCUGGGAGUGAGCAUUCGCUUCUGCAGCUUUGACGGGGCUAAUGAAAACGUCUGGCACGUCUUGGAAGUGGAGCCAAAUUCUCCUGCUGCAUUAGCUGGACUUAGACCUCAUAGUGACUAUAUCAUUGGAGCAGAUACUGUCAUGAAUGAGUCUGAAGAUCUCUUUUCCCUUAUUGAAACACAUGAAGCAAAGCCAUUAAAACUUUACGUGUACAACACAGACACAGAUAAUUGUCGGGAAGUGGUGAUUACUCCAAAUUCUGCCUGGGGUGGAGAAGGCAGCCUAGGAUGUGGCAUUGGUUAUGGAUAUUUGCAUAGGAUACCUACUCGCCCAUUUGAAGAGGGAAAGAAAAUUUCUCUCCCAGGGCAGUUGCCUAGUGCAUCUCUCAGUCCCCUCAAAGAUGGUUUCACAGAGGUUCAGCUAUCAUCAGUUAAUCCCUCAAGCACCCUCCCUCCUGGGUCAGCAGGCCUUGAGCAGAGUCUCUCAGGACUUUCUAUUAGCUCACCUUCAACUACUGUCAGUAAUGUUCUCAGCACAGGUGUUCCAACAGUUCCAUUAUUACCACCACAAGUCAGUCAGUCCCUCACCUCUGUGCCACCAGUUAACCCAGCAACUACAUUACCAGGUCUGAUGCCAUUACCAGCAGGGCUUCCUAACCUGACUGAUCUGUCCAAACUUAAUUUACCUGCACCACAGAUUGUUCCAGAAAUGAUACAGCCUGGUUUGCAACCCCUUCCCCCCUUGCCACCUCUGCAUCUAAUGGGAAUAACACCUCUGUCAAUGCCACCCAAGUGUGUUCCUAUGCUUCCUUUGGUCACAGAGGCAUCUACAGUGCCUACAGAUUUGCUUCCCUCUAUCACUCAAGCUGGAAGCUUUUCCAUCAACCCUGGCACUCCUGAAAAUGUAGAGGAGACCUCUGCACUCACCUUGGAUAGUGCUACCCCAACCUCCAGGGCAACUAUUGUUGACAGAUCAAAUGAAUCCUCUGCAGCUAAUGAAAAAACAACUGGAAUCACAGAUGUACAAGCUUCUGAAUCAUAACUCCAGAUCACUCUGUUGGAUUGGCUUGGUAUUUAUUUAGCCAUGGGAUACAUAUUUGAAAAGCAAGCUAUCAUUAAUUUCAUACUAGUUUGUACUUAAUCUUUAGAAGUCCUGUAAAUAAUAUGGAGGUAUAAUAAAAAUAAAAGGGGAUUUAUAAAGGGGGGGGGGGGAGGAAGAACUUGUAUGUUACCAAAAAAAAGUCAAGGUGGUAAACAGAGUUCCACUGCCAAACUCUGAGGUAUAUGUUUUUAAUACAGGCUGACAGCCUUACCCUGCCAGGCUUGUCCUUGCUUAUAAUUAGCAACUUGUGCUUCUGACAGCAAUGGAGCGGGUCCUGCGUGUGACAUUUACGUACCAUAGUUCUUGUUCUUUGCAAGUAUCUUGUUUCUGCAGUGGGGAUGAGAAUGUUUAGUCUGAGUUGUGAAUUUUAACGCUGCAAAACUUCCACCUAAAGAUAUUUCUGUUCAAAUUGCUGAGUGGCCUGUUAACUGACAUGCUGUUAUUCAGCUUGUACACAAAUCUUUGUCUUUAAGCUCUUGAGAGAUGCUCAAGCCAUGUUUCGUGACCACUGCUGAGUUGUUUCAUACGCCCACUGUAAAACAGCAUUGGGAAGGGAAUACAUGGAAUGUUAAAUGUAGCACACAAUUUGGCACUUCAUGACUACUGUAAGAUGACUUAAUGGAUUAAGCAUACAUAUAGCAAUAAAUUCCUGGAAUUUUA